AUGCCGCCAUCUGUCAAGACAACGAUCGCCUUGUCGGAUGUCUCUUCGCACAAUGAGGCAGCACUAUCUGCACUCAGAAACUUCUCCAUCAAAGCACCAGCUGCUUCAUUGUCCGUGGCGACGUACUCCCAGAGCGCUGCAAUUGUGGUGGUGUCUCGAUGGACUUCACUUCUGUCACUGGUGCGCCGGCAUCUGGAGAGGCAGGGCAUCCCCUCUGUGACCAUCCAGGGCAGCGUCCCUGGCCAGCAGAGGGCUUCCCACGUGGCCAACUUCAACCAGCAGCAGGGGGGACCCACGGUGAUGCUGCUCUCCCUCGAAGCUGGCGGUGUGGGCCUCAACCUGAUUGGUGGCAAUCACAUGUUUGUGCUCGACGUACACUGGUGA